AUGUCUGUAUAUAGUGGUUUUAGUACUCGUGCACUUGAAAAUGAAUACAAUCAAUGUCUACUUCAAUUGAUAACAAUCUUGGUUAAAAGAUGUUCUCUGGCUCUUUCUAUUAAUUAAUUAUAAGAUGACACCAAAUUUGCAGGAAACUUUGGGAAGUUAUAUGGUCAUAUAUAGAAAUUGGAAGAAUAUAAAUAUGCACCUCCAAAAUAUUCAAUAGUAUUAAAAGAGUUAAGUGAAUAAAUAGGGAUUAUAUAAAUCAAACAAUCUUUGGUUCCAUAAUAACACUAUAGAAAAUUCACAUUAUAAAAUGCAAAUCUUUAGCAAAUAAAUAAUUUACUAAAUGUUACUCCAUCGAAAAGACAAACAAAAACAAGUUAUCUGAAGUCAAAUAGAUUAAAAACUGAAGAGUCGGCAUAUAAUAGAGCAAUAGAAAAGAGUUUAAGGUAUAGAGAAUUAGAGUUUUUAUGUUAAUUUGAUUGA